UCCACUGUUUGCUCAAAUUACAGCACCUGUGAUCUUGGCAAACUGCACUGCUCCAGUCAAGAAGACUGUGUGGCUCCAAUGACAUUCUUCAAAUGCUCAAAUCAUGGAGAAAAAGGAACGGAGUGUCAGAGGACAUGUGAGAAGCAAGACCCAAACAACUGUGUGAGCAUGGGGUGUAUAUCAGGGUGUAUGUGUCCAGAUGACCUUCUGGCUGAUGGAAAAGGUGGGUGUGUGAAGAGAGACAAAUGUCCAUGUACCCAUAAUGGAGUCCUCUAUUCACCUGGAGAGCAAGUUCAACAGGACUGUAACACCUGCACAUGCACAAAUGGGAUGUGGACUUGUACUAAAAAGGCGUGCUAUGGCACCUGUACCAUCUAUGGUGAAGGUCAUUUCAGGACUUUUGAUGGCAGAAGGUAUUCCUUCCACGGAGACUGUGAACACACCAUAGCCCAGGAUUAUUGUGACACAAACCCCAGUCCCUCCUUCCGUCUGGUUACAGAGAACAUCCCUUGUGCAACCACCAGCUCCAUUUGCUCCAAGUCCAUCAAUCUGUUCUUUGGGGUGAGGUUUUUUCAUAGCUCAGAGUCAGAACAGCUUCAUUAG